UGUUGCUUUGUGAUUUCUCUAAUCGACCAAUAACUUUUGUACUAAAAACUCUACAAAAAUGGUAAAUUACUCAAAUACUGAUAGAAAUGAAAUAGAAUUCUCAAGCACAGUUUUACGUUCCAGAAUUAUUGAUUUAUCCAGGGCAAUAAUGUUGAAUGAUUUAGCUAAAGUUGACAGAAUUAUUGCAUCAGAUAAUUUUUUUCUUGAGUUGGUAAAUUGUAGUCUAGGACCUCAAAGAAUGACUCCUUUACAUCUUGCAUCAUCCAGGGGCCAAUCCUUGGGGUUGGUCAGCCUUCUCGUACGGAAAGGAGCUCAGGUUUCAGCGACUGACAAGAUAGGGCGGAGUGCUUUACACUACGCUGCAGCCAGGGGUGACAAUGAAAUGGUUCGAUUCUUGGUCAAUGCCAAAGCUGAGGUCAACUGCCGAUUAAAAAUACAACAUUCACUUCAACCAACUUCAGUAUGUGUUGAGAAACUACCUAAAGAUUUGGACUGUGAAUAUGAGCGUCUCCAGAUUCUUGUACCGUUGCCAACAUCCUGGGGAAGAAGUCCACUUCACCAAGCGGUUAAGGGAGGACACGUAGAGUGUGUAAAAACACUUCUGGACAACGGAGCAGAUGUCAACUUAGAAGAUGACAAGGGACUGACUCCUCUGCUUCUAGCUGGGGCUGGUGGCUUAGCUAGGUAUGAAGCCAUAGUUGAUCUAUUGGUAAGCCAUGGGGCUCAAAUCAACAAGAUCAACGCGGAUUUAAAUACGUCAGCAUUGUACCACGCAGUGGCGCUGGGGUCAGUCAGAGCUUCACAGACUUUGCUUGAGGCCGGAGCACUAGACCUCUCCUGCUCUCACACGUUUAAACGUGCUGAAACUGUGCUUCAUGUAGCCGCAACCGGAGGUUCCUCCACCCUUGUUGAUCUUCUUCUCAAUUUUGGUGCCUCUAAAUAUGUAAACUGGCCAAAUACUGUUGGCUGCACUCCGCUUCACAAGGCAGCUUACGGAGGUUUCAGAGAAUGUCUAAUACUUCUCAUGGAUAAAGGAGGAGAUAUUUCCAUGAUAUCUGAUGGCGAUAUGACUGUAAUGGAUGUUAUCAUGUCAUACAUUCCUCGCCCAAUCAACUUUCUAACUGACUGCCUUGAUUCUAGAAUUAACGCCAACAACUCAUCAAUAAAUGACAGAGAUUUUGAGAUUUAUUUGGACUUCACUUUCCUUUCCCCUCAAGACUGCAAACGUCAGAUGUCGGUAGUUUCAACUUUUACAAAUACUUCAGAGAUACUUCAGCAUCCCCUGGUUGAGUCUUUCGUCUUGGCUAAGUGGAGAAAACUUCGCUUCUUUUUCCUAUUCAUCGUGUUUGUCCACCUUACUUUUGUUAUUUCUCUUUCCACUUACAUAUUAAUUUGGGUCCACAAAAAGGAGCAGAUGAUUGGGUCCAGGCUGGUGCUGAUGUUUUCCAGCUGUGUACUACUGGUGUACGCAGCUACUGAACUCGUGAUGAUGGGUAGGCAGCGACUGAGACAGUUUGAGUCCUGGCUGACUCUCGCUAACUGUUUCCUCUCCCUUUUGAUCACCCUCUGCACCCCUGGAGGGUUUGAUUUCUCAGCUUCUGUGAAAGAACCAAUGCCUUACUGGGUUCGACACAUUGCAUCCAUUGUUACCCUGCUGAGUUGGGGUGCCUUGAUGUCUCUCAUUGGUCGCUUUCCGUCAUGGGGCUACUACGCUCUCAUGUUUAGCGUUGUCUUGCAAAAUGUCAUGAAGGUUUUCCUUACAUUCAUCUGUCUGGUGAUCGGGUUUGCGCUGAGUUUCUCCGUUCAGUUCCCUCAAGACCUUGAGUUCAGCAACCCCUGGCUGUCCCUGGUACGAACAACGGUAAUGAUGACUGGAGAGUAUGACUACAACAGUCUUUUUGGUGGCAACAAAACAGAGACAGCAGGUGAGGAAUGGCCACUUGUACCUACAAGUCGUGUUAUCUUCUUAUUGUUCGUCCUCCUGGCCUCCGUCGCUCUCAUGAACUUGAUGAUUGGAUUGGCUGUCAGUGACAUCCAGGGACUCCAAACUGAGGGCAACAUAAGGAGGCUGCAGAAGCAAUGUGAUUUUGUUUCUCAUCUGGAAUAUGUCCUAAGCCAUAAGGUAUUCACAAGGUAUGUGGAAUGGCUGGUGCCUAAAUUUGUUACAAGGCACCAAAUACCUACCUUCGUCACUGUCCGACCCAGUACCUUCACUGACUUUGAGACUCUGCCAACCUACCUGCUAGAGAGGCUCAUCAACAUUGCCCUCCAGAACAGAAGCAAGCCUCAAAAGUUCAAAAUACUUGAAGAAACGGACAAAGAAAUAAAACCAGUUGACGUGGCUCAUCUAAAGCAGUUGUUGUUGGAAACAAUGUCGAUUCUGAACAGUGGACGACUCCAGAGUGUGACCAGCUGUGAUGAGAUGGACAGUGGUAGGCCUGCGGAGGACAACUCAGUCAGUGUGAACGCAAUGUUACGACGUGUCAGCACCCCCAAACACCCCUUCAUCCACAAGAAUUUUCAGCACUAAAUUAUGUUCAUGACAUGUAGCCUAAAUUAUAUUUAAGUAGGUAAUCAAAUACAUAAAUGUUACAAAAUUCAAACCCAAUUUUGAAUAUUCAAGCACCAUUCAUGUUUAAA